AUGGAAUUCAAAUGUCCAGAAACUGAAUGGUCUGCAAGGGAUCUGAGUCUGAGCCAUCUUAGGGUGUUUGGGUUUGCUGCAUAUGCACACAUAAGUGAUGGUAAACUAGAGCCUAGAUCUAUAAAGUGUGUAUUAUUGGGAUACCAAGAAGGUACUAAGGGCUAUAGGUUGUGGGACAAAGAGACCCCAAGGGUAAAGGUCAUUGUAAGUAUGAAUGUGAUAUUCAAUGAGGGAGACUUCCCCUGCAAAUCUACUAACAAUGAUGCAGGUUCCUCAAGCAACACUGAAGCACAACCAGGCCAAACAUGUGUCACACAAAUUGAGGUGGAGGCAACCAAUAGGCAACCAGAAGUUCCCCAGCCAAAAAUCGAACCUGCACCUGAUACACCAGAUCACGAAGAAGAAGGAACUGAAGUACAGAGGACAGAGCCUGAGACAGAUGUUGAAGCCAUGAAUUCAAAGGACAAAGACAAAUGGUGGCAAGUAAUGAGAAAGGAAAUGGAAUCCCUAAAGAUUUUGCAGUGGGAUAUUACACUUAUAUCAUCUAUCUUGGGAGUGCUUUUCCUUCAAAGUUCUAGAGGAAAGAAGAAAAGUGGAGAUGUUUCAAUGAAGAUUCAGAGGAAUGAGUGUUCCAAGAGAUCAGAAAAUGUAACACUCCCUGCAGAGGUUGCUGGAAGCACUACUGAUAUAAUCAUUGUUGGUGUUGGAGUUGCAGGUUCAGCUCUGUCUUACACUCUUGCAAAGGAUGGUCGUCGAGUGCAUGUCAUUGAAAGAGACUUGACUGAACCUGACAGAAUUGUUGGUGAACUCCUGCAACCAGGAGGCUACCUCAAGUUGAUAGAGUUGGGUCUUGAGGAUUAUGUGAAUACGAUUGAUGCACAACAAGUGUAUGGAUAUGCUCUCUACAAAGACGGAAAAAGUAACAAAGUAUCUUAUCCAUUGGAGAAUUUCAAUUCAGAUGUGGCUGGAAGAAGUUUUCACAACGGCCGGUUCAUUCAAAGAAUGAGGGAAAAAGCCGCGUCCCAAUCCAAUGUAAGAUUGGAACAAGGAACUGUAACAUCUCUGAUUGAAGAAAAGGGGAUUAUUAAAGGGGUGACCUACAAAACCAAGACAGGUCAAGAGCUGACAACGUAUGCUCCCCUCACUGUAGUAUGUGAUGGUUGUUGCUCAAAUUUGCGGCGCUCUCUCAGCAAACCUAAGGUUAUUGAAAUCCCCUCUUGUUUUGUUGGUUUGAUCCUGGAGAAUUGUGAGCUUCCAUAUAAAAAUCAUGGGCAUGUCAUAUUAGCAGAUCCUUCACCAAUCUUGCUUUAUCCUAUUAGUAGUACUGAAAUUCGCUGCUUAGUAGAUGUACCAGGCCAGAGAGUACCAUCCAUUUCAAAUGGUGAAAUGACAAAUUAUUUAAAAACCGUGGUUGCUCCUCAGAUUCCCCGUGAACUUUUCUCUGCUUUCAUGUCUGCAAUUGAUAAAGGAAACAUCAGAACAAUGACUAAUAGAAGUAUGCCUGCUGCCCCAUCUCCUACUCCUGGUGCUCUUUUGCUUGGGGACUCAUUCAAUAUGCAGCAUCCUUUAACUGGAGGAGGAAUGACUGUGGCUUUAUCUGAUAUUGUCAUCAUAAGGGAUUUGCUUAGACCUCUAGGUGAUCUAAAUGAUGCACCUGCCCUUUGCAAAUAUCUUAAAUCUUUCUAUACCCUCCGUAAGCCAGUGGCAUCUACAAUAAAUGCAUUAGCAGGUGCCCUCUACAAAGUUUUUUGUGCAUCACCAGAUCCAUCAGGAAAUGAAUUGCGCCAAGCAUGUUUUGACUAUUUGAGCCUUGGAGGUGCUUUCACGAAUGGACCAAUAGCUAUACUCUCUGGUCUAAAUCCUCAUCCACUCAGUUUGGUUAGCCAUUUCUUUGCUGUCGCAAUCUAUGGUGUCGGACGUUUAUUGCUUCCAUUUCCUUCACCUAAACGCAUGUUGAUUGGUGCUAGACUGAUUUUGGAUGCAUCAAGUAUAAUUUUCCCGAUUAUGAAGGUUGAAGGUGUAAGAGAGAUGCUCUUCCCUGCGACCAUGCCAACACAUUACACAGUUCAGGAUCUAUGCUUAAGUUAG